GGGGGAGAAGCGGACCUGGCAACCCGCUGGCAGCCUGCAUGGCGAGCUGCCUGUGCGGAAGCAAAACUGGCAGGCAGGAACCGACAAAACGAACCUUCAUUUCGCUCCUCUUUUGAAUAUUGACAUUAAAGUGCGCGCUCAUUUUGGCUCUCCUGUGUCAGCAGUAGUUGUUUUCUGUGUUGUUGUUUUUCACCCCACCAAAACGCGAAAUCGCGAAACAAUUGUUUGGAUGUGACACUUCCGUGCGGACUUUUGUUUUUGUUUUUUGGUGGACCUUUUUCUUGUUGUUGUUGUUGUUGUUGUUGCGCAACAAGCAUGGACGUGCUGGCGAAUUACAGCAUUUUCCAGGAACUCCAACUGGUGCACGACACUGGUUAUUUCUCCGCGAUGCCUUCCCUGGAGGAGAACUGGCAGCAGACAUGUCUGGAGUUGGAGCGUUACCUCCAGACGGAGCCCAGAAGACUGUCGGAACUCCUGGACGAGGACCUGGACCGCCUCCUGGCGCCCGCCCUCACGCGGGGCAGCGACAGCUAUGAGGAGCUUACGGACCCCCUCCUGCCCAGUUUCCCGGCGCAGCCCAGCCCGCUCCCCAAAGUCCACGCCAAACUCCUUCAGACUCUGAAAGACAGCAAGGAUCAAGUCCUGGUGUCGGGUGUGAGCGCCGCACAGCUCAGCGCCGCCGUCACGUCGCUAACGCCGCCCUCUUCCCCCGAGUUGGGGCGACACCAGGGGAAACAGGCAGGUGGCGCGCUCACGCUCAAGCUGGUGGCCAAGAAGGAGGGCCUGGGGGCGGUCAAGUUGGUGGCAGCGCGGGCGCUGACGUCUCCCCCGCCGCCGCCGCCGGGCCCGGGGGAGGGGGCGCUCAGCGACGGGGAGCAGCGAGGCGGGCCCGGCCUGGUGCGAGACUCGACUGAGAACAAGAAGAGAAUACACAGGUGUCAGUUUAAUGGCUGCCGCAAGGUUUACACCAAGAGCUCACACCUCAAGGCACACCAGAGGACGCACACAGGCGAGAAGCCAUACAAGUGCUCAUGGGAAGGGUGUGAGUGGCGCUUUGCCCGCAGCGACGAGCUGACGCGACACUAUCGCAAACACACUGGAGCCAAGCCCUUCAAGUGCAACCAUUGCGACAGGUGUUUCUCCAGGUCCGACCACCUGGCGCUGCACAUGAAGCGCCAUGUCUGAAAGAGGCGGCACCACCCAGCAGGACAGAAUAACAAGAACAAGAAGGGAGGAAGAAGCCCGCCGACCACCGCGCGGCGUCUCGCGGAAGAGGAGGAGGAGGAGGAAUAGUUAGAUUGUUGCUUUUCAUUCACUUACACACACUCGCUGUUUUUAACACGCCGUCUUCGAACGCAUCACACCGGUUUAACUUCUUGACCUUUCUUAGAAAAAGUCGUCACAUGCUCGUCUUUGUACAGUCCAACUUUCUGGAUUUUGGUUUUGUGGCGUUUCCUCUCGAGAGCGCCAUCCAGUCCAAGAUAACUACACAAUCUGACAUCCCAGAGACUCGCCGCCAUCUUGCCGGCUCUCCUCCGACGCCAAUGACGCAACGGAAGCCGAUGCGUGGCACCUGGCGGGAGAAAAUGCGCAGCGCCACUUUGAUUUUUUUUCUACUGGGAGAACCACAAGGAUUCUUCUUGUUGAUGACAUUUGAGACACUUUUAGCUCUUUUUCUCAUUUGAAGAAAAAUGUCUUGGAACUCAGCAGAAUGUGAGAGGACUGGCCAAUCAAAGAAACAGGAACAGGGAGUGCUUCUUUUAAAACUUCCUGUUUGUGCCGCUGGAUGUGGGAGGUCACAAGGAACGUCGCUAAUUAGCUGCUAAGUUAGCUGCUGACGUAGCCGAAAUUAGCCUAUAUUAGCCGCUAACUUAACAGUAAACUUAGCCGCUAACUUGUUAGCUGAUGACUGCACUGACUGUUUUUCUAAUGUUCCGUGCUUUUUGCUACUGCUAAUGAAAAAAGAAAUCAAAAAAAAAAUGGAGAUAAACCACAAAAACAUUAUGAACAUGCACGCACACACACACACACACACUGUUGAUGUUCAAAUGGCUUUUCACAAUUUUUUUUUUCUGACGACAAAUGAUCUUAACCUGGUUUCCAUAGCAACCUUUUCUCGAUCAGCUUCUCUCAUGCUUUUCACUUUGGAAACAUCAACCGUGUGCGCUGGAAAGUUGCGCCUGCCUGGUGCCGUCGACGGCGUAAAAACCUGGAGGGCGGCACGGGAGGGUCCACAGUACAGCUUGGAACAAUCGAUACCAAAAACCUCCGGCGUGGAUUCACCAUUUUGAGGCAGCUCCACCACGUUCCCUUAUGGAGGAAAAGGGGGUACGAAAAAAAAUACACCGUCGUCCGUCAAAGCCAAUUUUCCCUCCGUUUGCUGUUGUGUGUAAAAGGUACCCAAGCGGAAAAGGCUGUUAAAGUGGACUAGCGAAUUUCCGUCUUUCUGAGGUAUGAUCAGAAGCGGGAUGACAGCUGUGUGGAAUUCCUAACACUGACACUCACUUUUCCAGCCUUUCUGCGUCAAAAGCAAUUGUCCAAAUAUUUUAUACUGCUUUGCUAGUUUCAACGUGAAAGGGGCUCAUAAUGAGACGUACAAUCACAGAGGGACGCCAGUUGCACUUUUCAAAGCACGAACGUGUGGCUGCGUCUGUGUAAAACCUCUUACUCGUAAUUUGGUCAUUACAAAACUCUUCAAAAUCAUUUUUUUUUUCCUGGCGCUUCGGCCUCGCUCGGCCUGCUUGUUUUGUUUCAGCUUGACUCCCCCGCUAGCUCCCGAUUAGCAUAAGCACUAGAGGUGUCACAAUUAAUUGAUUCAUCUUCAACUAAUCAAUCAUCAAAUUAAUACACAACUACUUUAAUAAGUGAUUCAUCAUUUAGAGCCAUUGUUUAACUAGAAAUUGUCCAAAUCCUCUCAUUUCAACCACUCAGCAGUAAACAUUCUCUGAUUUCUGUAGUCGUCCAUGAAAGCAGACUGAUAAACUUUGUGCUGAAUCAAAAUGAGACAUUUGCAAACAUCUGCUUUUGCUUUGGAAAACAACAAUCAACAUUUUUGCCGUUUUUCUGGCGGAUGUUACAGACCAAAGCUGGAGCUGGAAGCCUCAGAAGUGUAUAUCAAACUAGUAGGCCUUCAUUCGCAUGAAUCGGUACCCAAGAAGUUGAUCUCAGUUUCAAAAAGAUUGGUGAGUACAUCAUCACUCCCUCUCAUGUGAUAUUGAUUCAUUGUUGUUUAUUUGGUUUUGUUUCGUCAUUAAACUAUACCAAAUAAACAACAAUAAUCGGGAAAAAAAUGAUUUUGCAACUUUAAUGCAUCGUCAAUUUGUAUCCAAUUUUUCAAUGAAUUGAAAUGAUUGAUAGAAUAAUCGAUUCUAAAAAUAUUCAAUAGUGAUAGCGGUCCCUAACAUUUGUCAGAAAAUCAGCAAACAUGUUGAUCAUUGUUUUCCAAAGUAAAAGCAGAUGUUUGCAACUCUUAUUUUGAUUACACACAAAGUUAAUCCGUCUGCUUUCGUUGGAGGGCAACAGUAAUCUGAGAAUAGUUACUGUAUUGUUGUGAGGCAGAAAUCAAAUGAUUUGGACCAUAUUAAGGUUAAAAAAAGGUCUCUAAACAAUUAUUCAAUUAUUAAAAUAGUUGCUGAUUCAUUUGAUUAUCGAUUACUUGUCAAUUAAUCAAUUAAUUGUGACACCUCGAGUCCAAACCCUGUGGAUCCGUUUAGUGGGAGCUAACAAAUGAGUAGAUUAGCAUGAACAGCCGCUAUAUGCUAAAAACGGCCUUUUAGUGUAAAAUAAUGUGGCUUAUUUAGCCAGGGUAGAAGCUCGAGCUGUAGCUUUAGUGUAGUUACGUCAUGUUAACGUAAUGCAAGUAGCUACUAGUUAAUGGCUAGCUUAGCAUCGGCAAAGGACUUCUUCUGGUACACACAUAAAGAUAAUCGGGCUGUUUUUGUCCCGAUUUCACAACUGAUGACAAAUUCCAGGCUAUUUUAUGUCUACAAGACUAUCCUGUAAAAUAAUCCUGUGGUCUGAGGUUUUUUAAGAGUGGUUUUGUCCUGAUAAUAGGGUACCACCCUGCAAAAACGCAAAAUCUUACGUAGUGAUUUUAUCUUAUUUUAGUAAAAAAAAAAAAACUUUUACCGUACUUAAAGAAAGUUUGACUUUUUUUCUAAAUUUUCAGCAAGAUGAAAAGACUUAUUUUAAGAAGCGUAAGAUUUUUUCACUUUAAACAAGACAUUUUCUCCGUAAGCGGAAAAUCUGUCAAUGGAACUCGUAUGAACUAACUUCUUAACAUUCUUAAAAUAAGAUGCUGUAUAUUAAAACAAGUCUUUUUAUCUUGCUGAAAAUUGAAAAGGCAAAACUCUCUUAAAAUAAGUACAGUACGAUGUUUUCACUAGAAAUAAGAUAAUUCACUCGGUAAGAUUUUGCGUUUUUACAGUGCAAACGGGUCGGGUUUGACAAUGGGAAACAUUAAACGUGCGAAAUAUCCAUCCAUCCAUCCAUUUUCUGAGCCGCUUCUCCUCACUAGGGUCGCGGACGUGCUGGAAUAUGUACGACCAAAAAUCUGACAUCUGCCGAGUCAUGACUAGGUCAAUUGUGAUGUGGAGUGCAAUGGAGCUAAUCAAGAAGCAACCUGACUGACGAACAAGGAAGCAGCCGCAAAUAAAAACAAGCAUGUCCUACCCGAUAUCCAUCCAUCCAUCCAUCCAUCUAUUCCCUUAACCAGUUAUCCUCACUAGGGCAGGGCACAUAUAAACAAACAACCAAUCGCACUUACAGACAAUCUAGAGUCUUUAAUUAACCUUCGACAACGCAACAAACAUUGGCGCAAUAUUUCUGGUAGCCUGUAAAAUCAGGCCUUCAAAAUAAAAGCAUACCAGUAAAAUGACAGAGUUCACACACCCAAAACACAAAAGACCGCCGCACCUCAGAAAUGGAGGACAAGCUCGUGAAGCUGCGGGAAGCCUGAGAUUUAAUGUCUCUGGCAAGUUUUUCCACAAUUUUGUUGUUGUUGUUCAGGAUUUUUCUGUGAGAAAUAGUCCCAGGGCCACCAUAAUUUAUUUUUCUCGUUUGUCCUAUUCGACGUUGCGGUGCUGUUGCCUCUUCAUUUUUGUUAGAUCACAUUUGAUCAUGCAAGAGUUCUGUCUUGGCGGACUGGAUCCAGGAUCGGCAGUGAAACAGAAUCUUUGUGUGUGUGGUGUUCUGUGUUUACUUUAUCAGAGCACACCACACACAGUAUGACAAAAAUUGUUAAAUGCCUGAUUUAUUUGUAUUUUAUUUCCAUCUUCAUGUGUAACAGAUAAACAAUCUUUUAAGAUUUGAAAAAUCCUUAUGUGUGUACCAGGCCUAAAUUUAGGUUAGGAUUGUUGACUCCGAAGGAUUCCAAAGAGAGACUCACCAGCCAAUCGUGGUGCAGGACUGCCUGAAGGAGGCGGGGCCAUCUCACCAGUUGCCAGCUGCGUCUGUUAGCUUUUGUACAUAGCGUGACUUCCUGAGCCACUUCCUGCUUUAGUUGUCGCCAACGUUCCACUACGUAUGUGAUCACACUUGCUGCACUGCUAGCGUAGUCUCGUCGCACAUCCACGCCUCGCCACCAGGGCGACAACGCGUCGCAUACCAGUCAAUCAAAUGCCUUGACACUCAGUCACGUGACUCUCUUGGCGUCGCUGCUAUCACAUGACUCACUAGCGUCAUUAGCAUCAUUAGUGUGUGUUUGUUUAGCACCUUUUUAUAACCCAAACAUACCACAAAUGUUUUUUUUUUGUUUUUGUUUUGUUUUUUGUUUUUUUUUUGGGGGGGGGGGGAAAUCUGUCACCAAAUAUGUUGAGAAUUCCCGGAAAAGUCACUCGAAACAUUUUGGUUUUAUGAGCUAAGUGGUACUACAACAGAGCGAGCUCAUGCUAGGCAUUCACAUGGAUUUUUCUUUUAUUCAUUUUUUUCGACAUUAAAUAAAAAAAACCUUAAAAAGUGACAGAUUUUGUGAAAAUACUCAAAUCAACAAGAUUUUAGCUGUGGUCACUGAGUCCCAAAGCAGAGACGCACUAGCAUCAUUAGCGUAUGUUUGUUUUGCAACAUUUUACACACUGAACACACCCCAACUUUUUUCAACGAAUCUGGCCAAAAAUAAAUAAAGAAAUAAAUCAAACCAUCAUAAGUGGGAACAAUGAAAUUGUUUUAUUUGAAUUUGAACAUUUUUUUUCUCAAAAUAUUUUGCUAUGAAAUUCUAACAAAAGAAAUGUUGACCCCCACUGAAGUUAGUGGCGCCCACCAAAGAAGCAAAUUGGUACUGCAACAGCGUGCUCGUUUGCUCAUUAAAGGCAUUCAAAUAAUUUUCUCAUCAACACUUUGAUAAUAUGUUUGAACAUCAAUUAACAUGACGUAACAUGACGUUUUUCAGGAAAAAAAUACUCAGAUCAAAUCAGUUUUCUUUGUGGUCACCGAGUCCCAUAGCCGGCACCUUUUUUUGCUGUACAAAGUGUUGAAAUGAUAUGAUUUGUAUGAUACAACAUUAUGUUGUUUAUUGACGAGGGAGAGUUUAUUUUUGUUACUGAAUGUGUUUGAUAAUUGUUUUUUUCUAAAUUGGUAUUGUAUCAUAUCUAUGCAACGCGUGUUCAGUGGAGCCUUUUUAUUUAAGAAUGUACAAAUCUGUGUCAUAAAUGGUAGAAUCUCAA